UGGGGGAGGCGGCGGCGGCGGCGGCAGCAGUGGCUGCGGGCGGCGCGCAGGACGCAGGACGCGGGGCGGUCGCCGACAGGGCUCGGGCGGCUGGCGGUGGGCGCAGGCUCCCCGGUGCCCGCCCCUCCGCUUGGGGGGGUCGCAAGCGGGCGGCCGGGGAGGGGCCGGCACCGCCGCGACAAAAUGAGCCUGCUGUCGGCCAUCGACACGAGCGCCGCCUCGGUGUACCAGCCGGCCCAGCUGCUCAACUGGGUCUACCUGUCGCUGCAGGACACUCACCAGACUAGCGCCUUCGAUGCUUUCCGGCCGGAGCCCACAGCCGCCGCCGCACCGCCGGAGCUGGCCUUCGGCAAGGGCCGCCCAGAGCAGCUGGGCUCGCCCUUGCACUCCAGCUAUCUCAACAGCUUUUUCCAGCUGCAGCGCGGAGAGGCCCUAAGUAGCAGCGUGUACAAGAGCGCCUCGCCCUACGGCUCCCUCAACAACAUUGCUGAUGGCCUCAGCUCCCUCACUGAGCACUUCUCUGACCUGACUCUCACCUCUGAGGCCCGCAAGCCCAGCAAGCGGCCCCCGCCCAACUACCUGUGCCACCUGUGCUUCAACAAAGGACACUACAUCAAGGACUGCCCCCAGGCACGCCCCAAAGGCGAGGGUCUGACUCCGUACCAAGGUAAGAAGCGCUGCUUUGGCGAGUACAAGUGUCCCAAGUGCAAGAGAAAAUGGAUGAGCGGAAACUCCUGGGCCAACAUGGGGCAGGAGUGCAUCAAAUGCCACAUCAAUGUGUACCCGCACAAACAGAGACCUCUGGAGAAGCCUGAUGGGCUGGACGUGUCUGACCAGAGCAAGGAGCACCCGCAGCACCUCUGUGAGAAGUGCAAGGUCCUGGGGUACUACUGUCGCCGUGUGCAGUGACCGGCCACCUGCACUCCCACCCACCCACCCACUGCCGCCCUCCUGCCGCCUGAGGAGACGCCACCUUCCCUGUGCUGCUCUGAGGGGCUGCGUGUCCCCUGUGCAUGAGGUGUCCUCGCAGGCCAGAGGGCUGGGCAGGGAGUCUUAGGGUCCUUGUCUCAUGUGUGUUGACAAACAAGUGUUACUGACAUUGCUGCCCCCACAGACCAGAGAAGUCAGGGUCUCUGGGGCUUUCUGCAGCUGGGCCUGGGGUCUCUGUGAGGGGACAAGAUGAGCAGAGGCCAGCACGCAGGACCCUACAAAGCCCUUACUAUGCCCCUCCAACCCCCGCGCAAGCUCUCCUCUGAGAGUCCCUUUAGUAAGCAGCCUUAUAUUGACCGUAAGUGCACUAAAUUUACUGUGAAUCCCAAAGCCUGCAGGGGACUGACUCACCGUGGCCAGCCAGGCCUCCUUCUCCCACCUGCAACUUGCAACUUGCCCUGUGUGGAAAGCCACUCUCAGAACCCCGAGGUUUCUGUCCUGUUUGAGUCAGCAAUCACGGAGAGUGGCCACCUGCCCUAGCAGCUGCUGAGGAGGAGCCUCUCCGUCCCCUGCCCUCAUCGAGCCCCAAACCCUGACGGCCUCUACGUCACUGGCAUUGCACCUGGGUGCUGCACCCCCAUGUCCACCCCCACCCCCAUGGACCCAGACAGGAGAGGUUGGGGCAGGGAAGGUGCUAAACUUCGGAGUGUGCUCCAAGAUGUGUCCUAGGGCACACGGGCAGCACCUCCCAUGACCCCCACCAGAUACUUCCCACUGGUUUUUUCAGGCCCAUUCUCUUCCCUUUCCUCCACCUCCCACCCACACUGGGUUGCCACAACUGAUCAAAGCCACUCUGGCAGGAAGGACACAGGCCCAGCGUUCUGGAGACCAUGGCUCAAGUCCUAGCCCUGCUGCUGAUGUACUAUGUCACCUGCAACGAGGACAUCUCAUCUCUGGGCCUCAGUUUCCCCAAUAGUUGAGAACAUGACACUAGUCCUGGUGUCCUGGGACUCAGGCUGGCCAAUGCCAUCUCCUGGAACAGAGAGCUCUGUUUGGGGAGUUUCACCCGGGGUGGAGGGAGAAACCUUCCAGGUGCCAGGUGUCACACUAUGACCUCUCUAUAGGUCACUUAGGAAAUCAGCCUGAGGGACACCACUGCCUUCCCCCACCCUCUCAGCUCCAGCUCUGCUUAUUAUCCUUCACUCCUGCAAAAAUGGAAAAGGAUGCCCCUUCCUCCUCAUCUAGAUCCCUAGCACAUCACAUGGGGCUACCCUGGGACAAGCUACAGAACCUUUCAUUUGUAAGAUGGGGACAAUGACUUCCUAUCUCCUAAGGGAGCAGAGAGGCCUCUUGGCAACUCGCAUGGUCAGAUAGGCACUGUCCCGGCUGGCUGGCAGGCAGGAACACACACUUUUCUCUCCCCCCACCCCAGUGGGAAGCCCCUUCUGUUGUCAUAGCCUCCUUCCUUUCUCCCAGGGGAAGGAGUAAACCCACUGUCAGGACUGGGUUGCUUGAUUUUGCCCCAACAUUAUGCCUCUGUGGGAAAAAAAAAAAAAAAUCAGACCGUGAUAUAGGCCUGAAAUUCAGUGUUUACCAUGGCUCAAGGACACCCACCUGGUGCCCAGUUGCCUUUUAUUUUCAAAUGAAGAUGCUUUGUUCAACUGAGGAGUUACAGUGAAGUGUUAACCAGGGGUCCAGGGAGUGAGUUGUAAAGAUGGAAUGAGUGGAUUUGCAGCCAAGGAAUUGCAGGUUAUAGAUUUGGCAGAGAGGGGGCCAUAUCCUCUGAGCACUUAAAAAAGGUGUUAUUUGCUCCAGGCUGGGCAGCAAGCUAACAACCUUGCCACCACUGGGGACCACUUCUGAGGACUCCCCAGGCUGCUGCUCCCCCCUUAGGGUGUCCAGGUGAGCAAGGCUUCUGUGCCAAGGAGAAGUUGUCAUUGACAGUCAUCCUACUGCCUUUCUAAAAAGAAUGUUCACAGUGGUGGGCCGUGUGCUUGUCUCACCCUUCUAGAGACCUGGCCACAUGGGGAAACCUUGUCCCAGAGCUGUCUGGGGCCUGCCAACUGGGCUGCAAAGGUGGAGGGAAGGCCAUGCCUUAAAAAGAAUUACGGGCUCCAGACUGCCAGAGGCCAGGACCUUCUACAUUCAGGCUAACAGAAGUGGGACAUCGCCCCCAAGUGACCUUUUCGGUGGGCUUAUCCAGCAGGUAGCCAUUGCCUAGCCACCACCUCCGGGGCCAUGCCCACCCUCCUGAGGCCACCUUGUGUAGCGCCACCCACCUCCUCCAGCUCCGUUUUGGCUGAAUUUGAGAGCAAAAGGCACUACUGUCCAGGCUGGGUGCUAUGAAAGAAUUAAGUGCUCAGAGGGUCUGGGAGCCCAGGGGAUAAGAAAGUGUAUGGUGUUAGUACGUUAAGGGACAAUCGCUUGCAGUUAGUAGAUCUAGCGAUCUAGUUGAGAGAUAAUGGUGUUUACCCCAUAUGAAGUAUUCAAUAGUUCUACUUGUGAAUUUGUAUUUAUUUUGAGUUAUACUUGACACAGAAUUCCUUUUUUUAAAAAAAAAAUACUAUGUGUGUAUUUUGAAAAAAAAAUCAUAGAUGUUAAAAUUUUUGCAUGGUUGCCAACUUUUCUCACAACACCGAACUUGGUAGCUUCUCCCGAAAAAAUCUUCACAGUGUUUUUUGUCUGUAUAUAUUUGAGGGCCUUUUUAAAAAAAAAAAGAAAAAUAAAAGAAAAAUAUAAUUGCUUGAUUUUUGAGAUAAAAAGAGGCAUUGAUAAAACUUCAGGAGGGUAACAGAAUAUCAAACAAAGAUUUCUAGAAGUAUUUUUGCAAAUCUGAUUGAGCUGUGAGAAAAUAUUUAUGGUAAGAACUUUUUUUCCUGUUAUUGGGAUUUUGAUUGUUUUUGUUUGUUUUUUUACUAUGCUUUGGUCUGUAAAAAGUAUGCAACUGAACUACAUUAAGAAGGAAAUAUUGUCUACAUAGAUAUUAUAUGAAGUUGGUACAUAAUUCUGGUAAGGAAAAAAAAUCUUUGCAAUUCUUUAAGCCAUAUUGUUAUUAUUCCAUGCUGUUUUCCUUGGAUGAAAAUAUCAGUAUUAAGUAGCCAGCCUAUUAUUCAAGUAUUUAGACUUAUUAAUAUGUUCUUGUCCUGUAUUUAUACAUAUGUGUAUUUUGGAAAGUUUUGCCUUUUUAAAGGGAAGCUAUUAUUAGAUACAUAGCAAAAAAGGGAAUGGUGCCUCUUCUGCUGAGGAUAACAGAGCAUUAUAAUCCAUUCUCUUGAACCUUCUUUUUAUUAUCUUGUUAUUAUGAUUUUAUUAAUUUUGUAGAUGGGGCAGGGAGUGGGCAAGGGGAAACUUUGGACAACCAGCCCUGCUGAGCUGCUUCCCAUCAGCAAGGCCGUAGGAGGGAAGAAGAGCAGCGAGCAGACUUCGCAACCCCCCCCCCAUUGGAGCUUUGCCAUCUGUGCCAAGCCUUGGGGCCAUGCUUCUUGAACUUGGAUUUUUGUCAAGCAGAGCCCUCCACCAGCCCUGCAUCAUCUAAUAGACUUGAAUCUACUCUAAAUGAAUAUUCAAUCCAACCUCACUACAUCAUAGCCGAGUGCAACGACUAACCCUGAAGUGUGGGGUGUUCUGGCCGUCUGUGAGGUGGCUAGCCUCCCCCCACAUCCCCCUACGGGGUUGGUGGCAGAGAGACUGACAAUCUCACUGUCUGACCUCUUCCACCCCCCUGUGCUGACCGUGUCCGUGUCUGUAUCUGUUAAUACGUGUGAGUCCAGCUAAAAAGACAAAUAGAACCCAUGGGCCCAGCUUGGAGGGGACGUGGAGAAGCUCCCGACUUCUCCCAGGGUGGCCCUUGGGAUGGCAUUCCGUUGUGUGCCUUAUUCCUGGAGAAUUUGUAUACGGCUUGCCUAUAGAGAUAUAGCCUUUUUAUGCUGUAUUAAAAGGACUUUUAAAAG